AGAGAGAGAGAGAGAGAGAGAGAGAGAGAGUCUGACUUCUGGUUCUUAUUUCUCUUCUGUUUCAUUUGCAUUCUGUUGACAGUGAAAUUGAGAGAGUUUUUUUGGUUAGAGAGAGAUUGGGAACCGUUUCAAGAAGAGCGGAGGGGAAUCUUCUCUCUCUACCCUUUUGGGCAGUAUUUUUGAACCAUUUGCAAAUGUGUUUUUUUUUUUUGGGUUAUUUUCCUGUAUUAUGGUGAUUUAUGGCUGGAGUUUCUUCCACCUUUUCAUGUUAUUUACACCAGAAUAAAUAAAAGGAAACUAUCGAAUUUUUAAGCCUUGAGAAAAAAUAAAUAAAUUUGGUAGUAGAAUUUAAACUUCCUUUUUGACUGGUCGGUUUCAAAUGUCACAGUCCAAACAAACUUUUGGUCAAUUUCUUAUUUUCUUUCUUUCUUCUCUUCUUUUUCUUUUUUUCCUUAAUAUGAUCAAACCAAGCUUACUAUUGGGUUUAAGAAACAGUAGAAUGAAGUUAGGAAUUUUCACUCUAAUAUCGUCCUUUUCAUCAGAUCUUCUCAUGGUGUUUUGUACUUUUACAGUUGCAAUAGCGACCCAAGAAACAACCAGUAAGCAUAAUCUUAGCCCUCUUCAUGGAUCAAAGCAACAACAACAUUUCAGGAUUACCAUGGGGUUUCAACUCUAAACUCUCUCAACAACCGCCGAAAGGCCCACAAUUGAGCAACAAUUUGAACCCCAGGCCUUCUCAGCCAUGGGCAAACCUCUCCCAACAAAACCCAGCCUCAAAACAUCAUCGAACCCCCACAUUUAUUGGGGUCAUUCCUCAAGGCCAGUCAUCAUGGCUACAUGAUGAUUUCAUGGACCUUGAAGGCCCACUAAAGCGGGUCCUUCAUCGAAGAUCAGCCAGUGAUUCUCUUGCUUUUAUUGAUGUGGACCCAAAUGAAUUUGAAUGCAGGAGUAGCGGUGCUACCUCUCUUCAAUCCAAGAGCGAAUACCAAGAUUUCGAGCGGUUGGAUGAUGCUGAAAAUUUGAUGUUAAUGUUGGAUGAAAUCGAGCCAUUUCAAAAACAACAAUCCUCUGGCCAAUCUCCAAUGGACAUACGGUUAUCAGAGGGCCAUUUGCUUGUGUCGACAUCUGAGAACCCAUCUACACCGUCGGAUAAUAACAGCAUAAAUGAGCCUUAUGUUGAGAAGGCAGUGAUGGCUCCUGGUCAAAUCAAGAGUGAACAAGAGGUUCAGAGCGCUUGUAAGACCGAGGAAAUUACUCCUUUACUGUCAAAGCCCGUGGCUGAUGCUUCACCAUCUACAAAUGUGGGCUUGGACAUGAACUUGGACCCCAAAAGGAUGAAGAGAAUUUUAGCGAAUAGGCAAUCUGCUCAGAGGUCCCGUGUUAGGAAGCUUCAGUACAUAUCUGAACUGGAAAGGAGCGUAAAUGCGUUGCAGGUAAACGCUUCUCUCUCU